GUACUUACGCUGGGUGGCGCUACCCGAGGGGGAGUGGCACUGCAGGAAAGCAUGGGCAUGUUGGAGCUAGUCAGUGUCUCUUACGUGGGGCUGUUGUAGCUGUUUACAAAACAUUUAAGCUGCAUGUGUUUCUUCUCCAGUCGUUGAGCGUUGGAACACAUGCAGGUGGCUACCUUGUGGAAUGGUGGACCUUACAAGGUGCUCUUCAAGAAGCUGUGCAGCAACUACAUUAGCAUUUGUAACACUGCAUAUAGUAGAAGGAUAAUUAUGGCAAGAGAGCCAGUGAUUUCUUCAAAAAGUCCACAGAAAAAGCCUUGAGAAUAUUAUCUUGCCAGCUGAAAUGUAGAGAUGAUAGCAGAACAACAACCAACACCGUUCAUUUCCUACCUAAAAGAAAAUGAACUUACUCCAAGAUCUGUGGUACAGGAUGGAAAGUGGCAACUUAAUAUAAGUUCACUGAAAACGCCCAAACUGAAGCGGAAAAUAAGAAAACAGUCUGAAAACAGAAGACAUUCUAGCAGUCCAAGAAGAGCCUGUCUUCCCCAUGAUCACCUAAGAAAUGGAGAUGUGGAAGCUGUUACAUUAUAUGAGGUCAUCAGCAUGGGUAAAAGCGCCAUGCAGUCAGUGGUGGAUGACUGGCUUGAAGUUUAUAAGCAGGACAGAGAUGCAGCCCUUCUGGACCUCAUCAGUUUCUUCAUUCAGUGCUCAGGUUGUCAAGGUCUGGUUACAGCAGAAAUGUUUCAGAGUAAACAGAAAAAUGAAGUGAUGCAAAAAAUGACAGAGUCAUUUGAUGAGGAAACCGGCUUACAGUACAAGAGAUUCAUGGCCUAUCCUUGGAUUCUAACAGUAACUUGGCGUGUGGAUGGGGACAAUGGAGAUUACCCGCUGGCUAUGGCAGGUCCUCAGUGGAAGAAGUUCAAGUGCAACUUGUGUGAGUUCCUCACUGUGUUGAUUCAGCAGUGUGAGGGCAGUGUUAUCUAUGAUGGAUACCUUGUGCCAGUACUUAUCACUGUGUUGACAGAGCUGUCUAAUUCCAGAAUCCGUGCCUUCAGACACACAGGCACUUUGUCAGCGUUAAAAGUAAUGACUGCAUUGGUGAGUGUGAUUGCGAACCUCCGUGCAAACAUUGGCAACAUGCAAAGGCUACAGAAUAUGGAGAAGAAAAAAAUGGCUGGUAAAAAGACUAGCCCCCAAAUAGACCAACUACAACAGAAAAAAAUAAAGCUCCAACAAAAGCAGCAAGAUAUAGAAGACAUGACAAAUGCAAUUUUUAAAGGUGCUUUUCUACAGAGAUACAGAGAUGUGAUCCCUGAAAUUAGAGCCAUCUGCAUGGAAGAAUUAGGUAUAUGGAUGAAAUUGCACACUGGAUACUUCUUAAAUGAUAACUACCUCAAAUAUGUUGGUUGGAUGCUCUAUGAUAAGCAACCUGAAGUUCGGCUUCGAUGUUUACUGGCACUUCAAGGACUCUAUAGUAGAAAAGAACUUAUUCCAAAACUGUCUGUGUUUUCCAAACGUUUCAAGGGAAGAAUUGUUUCCAUGAUUUUGGAUGAGGACAAAGAAAUUGCAGUACAGGCUGUCAGACUUGUGGGUCUCAUGUCUGAGAACUGUAAGGAUGCUAUUAACUCAAAAGACUGCAACACACUGCAUAAGCUUCUGUACUCAACCCACAGACCAUUGGCUGCAGCAGCUGGAGACUUCCUCUGUAAAAGUUUACUACCUAAUGGGGGGUCUGACCAAAGCAGAGGUAAUUCCUUUAGAAGAAAGGGAAUAACACGUAAUGCUCAACACUUGAAGAUGUUGCUUACCAGCUACUUGGACAAUAAGUUUCAUCAGCAUGUAACAUACCUAGUUGACAGUCUGUGGGAUAGUGCAACAAAUCUUUUGAAGGACUGGGAAUGCAUAACUACGCUUCUGCUUAAGCACUGUUGUCAUCAGGAAGAAGUGCUGAGCAGUGCCCAGGAAAGUGCACUUAUCGAACUCCUCUCUGCAGCUGUGCGCCAGGCAGCUGAAGGUCAUCCUCCUCCAGGAAGAGGAACAGUUAGAAAAGUACUUACAGCCAAGGAGAAGAAGCUUCAGUCAGAAGACUGUAUGAAUGUCACUCAGCAUUUCUUAGUAGUUCUUCCUCGACUUCUAUCCAAGUAUUCAUGUGAUGCAGAAAAAGUGGCACUUCUUUUACAAAUACCUCAGCAUUUUGAUACUGACAUCUGUAGCCGUGAGCAUAUGGCAAAGCACUUGGAUGAUAUUUUGACACAGAUUAACCAUGUGACAGGGAACCAGUCAGGGGAUGAGGUGCUGGAGGCCUGCUCUAGAACAUACCAAGUCUUUUGUCAAGAGGGACUGCCAAUCUACAGCAGGGUGAAAGCAGCCCUGAGCCAACUUAUUGAUGAUUUGGUGGGCAAGCUUGACAAGCUGCUGGAUGUCUGCAUAAAAAAGGGAGAAGGCCUUUGUUCUGAUGAAGAAACCAUUUUUCAGAUGUCAUCUGUACUGAAAAAAAUCGCUGCAUUCCAUAAUGCCCAUGACCUUAGUGAGUGGAAUGUGAAUGACAGACUUUCAAGGAUUCUCACUGUAGACACUGAACAUGGACGUUUACCUGAUCAGAUCAUUGUUCCAGUUGUACAGUGCUCCUACUACAGUCUUAUGUGGCAGCUUUCUGCACUCCUGGAGAGUCCCUCUUCCAAGGAAAACAUUUUCAGGUUAAGAAUACAAAUGAGAAGAUUGUGUCAGACCUGCAGACAUUUAUUGACUCGUGAAUGUACAGCUGUACGAGAAAAGGGCUUUUCAAUACUAUGUGACAUCCUGCUGAUUUUUAGCCAUAAGCUGCAGUCAGAUGAAGUAGGUGAACGUCUUGUGUACAUUCCAGAUUCCAGCCUGGAAUCAGAACUGCUUAAAUUUGUCCAACUUGAGGUUUUUCAAGAAUCUAAAGUAAAGCGAGAAGGCAGCACACCUGAAGAAAAUGAGAACGAUUUUGAAAUCUCGAAGUGUGAAGAUGUGCACAAAAGGAGGAACCUUUUAGCAGCUUACUGCAAACUGAUUGUCUUCAAUGUUAUAGAAACAUCUGCUGCAGCAGAGCUCUACAAACAGUAUAUAAAGUACUAUGGUGAGUUUGGUGAUAUAAUCAAAGAAACCCUGAGCAGGACCAGACAAAAUGACAAACUCCAGAGUGCCAGAACACUGAUUAUUUGCUUGCAACAGCUCUUCACUAAUCAUAUGGAAAAUAGCACUUCAGAUGCAACGCCCCAGUCCCUGACCUCGGUUAAAGAGCUUGCCAGACGUUUUUCACUCACAUUUGGUUGGGACCAAGUGAAGUCAAGAGAGUCUGUUGCCAUGAUGCACAAAGAUGGGAUUGAGUUUGCCUUUAAAGACUAUUGCCCAACUGAUGAAAGUAGACCACCAUCAAAUUUGUCUUUUCUAACUAUCCUGAAUGAAUUUACUUACCGACUGUUGGCUCCAGAUAAAAGGACGGUGUAUUGCUAUUUGCAGAGAUUUGUAACUCAGCAGACACUGGCAUGUGAAGGAGAUGAAUGGCUUCCACUGGCUAAUUACAGAAAUACCCUUUUAGCUUGUGGAGAUGAAGAUAUUUCUGUAACCAAAGACAGCAGUUUAAUGGACUCUUCCCCAGAAGAACAUUCUAAGAUGCUGCAAAUGAAACUGAAAUUCACUAGUGGGAAUGUGAACAGCACUGCAGCAUGUCACAGAACACCAGAUCUCCCAUUAACCCCACAACUUACAUCUACAGCAAUAAAGAGCAGAAAGAGGCUCUGGUAUGAGGAGAGUAGUCAAGCUAAUCCAACUUCAUCGUUCUGUACAGAACAAGUGAAAAGUAGUAGUCAGAGUACUGAAGAAAACUCUGCAAGUGUUCCAUCAGCAGACAUUGGCCUUGAAGACGUUGAUGUUGACAUAACUGACAGUUAGCAGGAAAGCCACAGACAGAGUGACGAUGAAAUAAGCUGAGAAGCUAAAUAUUUAUUUAUGGCUGAACGAUGCAGGAAGAAAACUGACUGCGCCAAAAGCAGUACAUUAUGUCCCGUGUUUGGUGGGGAGGGGGAUUUUGUAUCAGGGAUGCUGAUUUUUCUAUCAGAGACAUUUUCUCAAGAUACUCUCUUUUGUAUUUAAGUAUGUAUUUGCAACAUUAUGUACAGCUUUACUAUAAGCCACUUUACGUUCAGAUUAAAGCACUUUUGUAUAUAAUUUCUACACAUUUUUUUCCGCAAAAGAGCUCAACUUCUGACAAAGGGGUUAUAUACCCAAAAGCUUUCAUUACUGUUUGUAACAUAUAUUUCAGUACAAUAAAAUAAAUAAUAUACAUUUUUUGAAA